UUGAUAAAUAUCCCCCAAUGUGUCUAAAGCACUGUCCUUACGGUUUUCUCCUGACUGAUGUCUUGAUGAGGUGAGAAGGUGCUCCACACUUUCCUCCAUAUCAUCCUUGGUUUCCUCUUCACGCUGUCCAAGCGCGGCUUCUUGUAUAGCAAGUGCUUUCGCCAGAGCCUUUGCCCUUCUUUUAGCUGCGGUUGUAAUAGCCCCUUUCCGUACUGCAACCAGAGAAGUGAGGAGCACAGGCUUUCCCACCAAGCAGGCACCCCCACACUUUAUACUGUAAGUCCUGCUAAAAUGUACAGUGGCGCACACUGCUAUGCUCGGGGAGCGUGAUAUGCCCGGCAUGCCUUGUUAGUAUGCGCAGUGGCAUACGCUGCAGCGCUCCUCGUUAUUAUUAAGGAGCUUUGUGCCGCGCGUUAUGUCAUGUGCUAUACCAUGCACCUGCUAACCCGCCGCUGAUCACAGAUAGUGUAAUAGCUCGGGGUCUCCCGAGGGUCAGGGCGGAGAAGCUGUGGGGGUGUCCGGAUACAGCGUCUCACAGCGUGUCACAAAGGCCCAGGAUCUAAAGCCAAGAUUCGGGUCAGCACGGGUGUCAGGGCAGCAGAACCAGCGUUCAGCAUCCUAUGUAAUUUCCGGGAAAGCUCCUAUCCUCUCAAGAAUAGUAUAGUAGUUUGUCAAGGGCUUCAUCAAUGAGACCUGGAUAAGAAGGUAUGGAUCAGCUAUCCCUAAUGAAACAGUCAUCCUGCUUUGGUCUACAGCCGUAUCAGUGUACAGUGUUGGGGGAUUGCUGGGAUCUAUGGCAUCUGGAUAUCUGAGCAGAAGGUUUGGGAAGAGACGAUGUCACAUAUUCAGCAAUCUUUUGGGUAUUACAGCCUCACUGUGCGUUGGGCUCAGCAAGAUUGGAGAAUCAUAUGAAAUGAUUAUUGUAGGACGGUUUCUCUUUGGAUUAACAUUAGGUUUGUCAAUUAACAUAUAUGUACAAUAUCUUGGAGAAAUGUCUCCCAUUAAUCUUCGAGGCUUUGUUAACACCACAGCCCCUAUGUUCGUAACUACAGGCAAGCUCUUUGGUCAAAUUGUUGGACUCAGUGAAGUGCUGGGGACGGAAACAUUGUGGCCCUUUAUGCUAUCGCUCUGUGGUCUUCUAAAUGUGCUGCAUUUAAUAUUAAUGAACUUUUACCCUGAGACUCCUCCAUAUCUGAUGUUAGUGAAGAAAGACCAGGAUCGAUGUAUAAAAGCUAUGCACAGGAUUUGGGGACCUGGAGACCAUCAAGUGGAGAUAAAUGAAAUUUUGGCACAACAGGAGAUGCGUAAGGAAAAUAAGAGCAUGAGCAUCAUUGAGCUGGUGAAAGAACCAUCCCUCCGAUGGCAACUCUACAUUGUGCUUGUUAUUACAUUUACUCUUCAGAUGUCUGGAGUCAAUGCAAUAUUUUAUUAUGCAAACAGUGUUUUUCUCACUGCUGGUUUGCCACUGGAAAAAAUCCCCUAUAUAUCGCUAGGCAUAGGAAGUUUUGAGCUUUUGGCUGUCAUGCUGUGUAGUGUAAUGACAGAGCACUAUGGUAGAAAAGUCAUUCUGCUCGGGAGUUAUGGGUUCAUGGCUACCAUGUUAGCUGGUCUCACAGUUACUCUAUCACUUCAGGGCUGGACUCACUGGAUCCCAUAUUGCAGUGCUGUGUUUAUUUUCUUGUUCAUCUUCUUCUAUGGCAUGGGUCCAGGAACAUUAACUGUUGCAAUAGUUAGUGAAAUGUGCAGUCACUCUUCCCGUGCCUCAGUGUUUGUGAUCAUUAGUUGCCUCAACUGGAUUGGACUCUAUGUGAUAGCAAUGGUAUUUCCAUAUGUGGAGGCUGCUCUUGGCCCUUAUUGUUUCCUUGUCUUUUUUACCAAUAUUGUGGUCUCAGGAAUAUUUUUGUUUUUCUUCCUUCCGGAGACAAAGGGGAAGACAAUACAGCAAAUCAUAACUGAAUUCAACAAACUGAAUUUUAGAAAUAAAAAGUUACAACAAACUAUAGAGUUUUCCACGACCCUAUGAUAAACUAUAAAGGACUUUUGGAGUGGAUUUCUGUCUGGGUACAGACAAUGUACAUGUGGCACUAUAUUAAAACUGUUUAUGUUUUGAAAAUAAAAUAUAAAGUAAAUGAAGAAUUUCUGUUGUAAAGUGACAUACACCCAUAUACAUUGCUUGCAUUCUGCAGAUGAUACUGAGCAUGUUAUUAUCUCAUUGCCAUAUAAAACUAUUUACUCAUAGAUAUCCUAUAUGUAAUGCUCCUAAUAUAUCAAUUGGAAA